AACUGUAUGGCCGUGGCAGGCUUCUUGCUAACUGUUCUUACAGCUUAAAUUAAUCCAUUUCUAUAAAUCUAUACCUUGUCACAUGGCUCGUGGCUUACCGGCAUCUUCACAUGCUGUUUGUCAUCGUGGCAGCUGGCAGUGCCUCCCUGACUCAGCCUUCCACUUCCCAGCUUUAUUCUCCUCCUUGUCCCGCCUAUACUUCCUGCCUGGCCACUGGCCAAUCAAUGAUUUAUUUACCAACCCAUCAGCAACACACUUGACAUACAGACCAUCCCACAGCACACACCCACAUACAUAUACACAUAAUUAAAACUAAGAUAAAUCUUUUCUUAAAAAACACAAUCAUUACCAAUAUAAUAUGCAUUACUUCUGGGUCACCAGGAGGACCAGAAAGUCCAUGGGAGCACAGAGCCUUCCCUUUGUUCAUGAGUUUGUCCCAAGAGCUCACAGGACAUGUUGUAAAGAGGUAAACAAGGAACUAGAGUUCUGUUGGUCAGCGAUGGCAGUUCCCCACAGCCAUUCUCCAGCAGGGGUUCGAGCCAGACUGGGAUGGUGUCUCAGUUUAACAUAAGCUGUGUGCCUCUGAGGUCUCAUCCACAGAGUGCAUCUGGGUAGUACCUGCCCAAGGAUUCGGUGAGUUCACAGCAAAACGUUGAAAACAGCCUAGGACAUACUAAGCCCAUGCCUGGGUGUGACCUGCUGGUAUUGUCCAGGACUCUUUCUCCGUGUUAUCUUUAGAAAAUCAUAGUAAUCCUAUAUGGGUCACGGUCAUCAACUGGAUAAAUCUCCAUGAACAGCAUCAUGUGCACCCUGGGGUCCUGCUGCAGACCCAUGCCUUGGUUGUCUGUCUGUCUGUCUGUCAAUAGAAUCCCGUGCUGAUUGCCCUUCCAUGCCUGGCUGCUUUCACGCACCAUUGUUUACAAGAUUACCCAAGUCAUCCCCGUUACUCUCCUAUGUGGCUCUCACUGCUGCGUGAGAAUCCGCUGUGUGAGCGUUCUGCUUUUUACUGGGUGCACAGCCCUUUGAAUAACGAUGCUGGCAGCAGGUAUGUGCCUUGUGUCUGCAGGCACACUGGUGUUGCCCAUGAGCUUGUGGUCCUUUGGGACAGUUGCUUCCUCCUCGUGAGUGUAAAUUGGCACAACCUCUAUGGAAGAAAAUUUAGAAAUCUCUGAAUUACAAAUACACACAGCCUAUGGUCCAGCAAGUCUCCUUCUGGGAGUUAAUUCUACUUGGAUGAAGUUAUUUCCCGGUGCUGUUGGUAACGUUAGCAAAAGAUGAUUACUUGAUGUGAUGAGUGUUUUGCCUGCACAUAUGUUUGUGUGCUGUGUGUGUGCCUGCUGGCCUCAGAGGUCAAAAGAGGGCAUUGGCUCUCCUGGAACUGGAGUUACAGAUGGUUUUGAACCACCAUGUGGGUGCUGGAAACCUAGCCUGGGUCCACCAUAAGAGCAACAAGUGCUCUUAACCACUGAUCCAUCUCCCCACCUCUCUCAUAAGCAAAAGGUGAGAUGAGGUAGCAUCAACUCAGUUUUUUAAAAAAUCCAGGGGGAAAGAAUGGGAGGAGAGGGAGGGAGGAGAAACUGCAGUUGGAAUGUAAAAUAAAUGAAUAAAUUUCAUUAAUUAAAAAAAAAUCCAUGGGUAGCUGGGCAGUGGUGUGCAUGCCUUUGAUCCCAGCACUUGGGAGGCCGAGGCAGGCCAAUCUCUGAAUUAGUUCGGGGUCAGCCUGGUCUACACAGUGAGUUCCAGGACAGCCAGGGCUAUGUAGAAAGACCCUGUCUCAAAAAAUAAAAUACAAAUAAAAGUUUAAAAAGCCAUCCAUCAAAGGGCCUCCAAGCCUCACAGCCUAGGUUAACCCCAGGACCCACCGGGUAGAAGGAAGGAACUGAGUCCGACAUGUUACCUGUCCUCUGACCCCACACGUGAACUGUGGUAUGCAUGCACGCACUACCGUGUGUGUGCGCGCGCGCGCACACACACACACACACACACACUAAAUGAAUACAAUUUUAAAAGCUCUAUCAUCAAUUGGUUAAACUAUAGAACAUUAAUUCAUCAGGAGGCUGAGCAACUGGGGAGGAAGAGGAGGGAAGUCGGCACAUGGUGAUGUUGCUUGUUUUCUUGUUUGUUUGUUUUGGUUUUUCAAGACAGGGUUUCUCUGUGUAACCUGGGCUGUCCUGGAACUCAUUAUGUAGACCAGGCUGGCCUCAAACUCACAGAGAUCCUCCUGCCUCUGCCUCCCAUUGCUGGGAUUAAAGGCGUUCACCAUCACCUCUGGGCUUCUCAACAUGUGUUAUAAAAACCUCUAAGGUAGGGCUGGAGAGAUGACUCAGAGGUUAAGAGCACUGGCUGCUCUUCCAGAGGUCCUGAGUUCAAUUCUGAUCAACCACAGUGACUCACAACCAUCUGUAAUGAGAUCUGGUGCCCUCUUCUGGCCUGCAGGCAUACAUGCAGACGGAUCACCAUAAUAAAUUAAAUAAAUCUUUUUUUUUUGGUUUUUCGAGACGGUUUCUCUGUGUAGCUUUGCGCCUUUCCUGGAACUCACUUGGUAGCCCAGGCUGGCCUCGAACUCACAGAGAUCCGCCUGGCUCUGCCUCCCGAGUGCUGGGAUUAAAGGCGUGUGCCACCACCGCCCGGCUAAAUAAAUCUUAAAAGCAAAACAAAAAAACCUCCAAGGUAAACUGUUGAGUGAACAAAAGCAGCUUAGUUAGCAGAGGACUUGUCUGGAACCCACAGGGGGAACCCUGGAUUCCACCCCCACGAUGAAAAAAAAAUCACAAAAAUCUGUGAGCUAAGUAAGUUUCCACUUGUGUAAGUUGCCUUUGAGGUUGAUGACACGGCUUGAGAGCACUGGCUGCUCUUCUAGGAGCCUGAGAUUGGACUUCUAUCUAGUUCUGUUUCAUAACUCCAGAGGGGUGCACAGGCUUUACCCGGGUUCGAGGUGCAUGCUCCUAUUGCAUGCACUUUUCAGUAGAUUGUAUCUCACAACAGAAAAGAAUGGAACUCCCGAGUGUCCCCUGCAUAGUCCCAUAGCCAUGGUCCCAGCCUCCUGGAAGGCCCUGGGUAGAAGCGCUUUCCUCUGCCGCUCUUGGCAGACAGGGAGUGAGGCUGAAGUGCAGAGCCUGGGCUCCUCAGUCUGGCCUGGUGCCAGGCUGAUCUGAAUGGCAGGGAGUCCUGGCGCCGAUGCCCUGUCCACGGCCUUUGUCCACAGCUGCAGCAUCUCCUCUUUCCACUGCCUCCAAUCCAUUGUUGACCAAGGGGGUCAGGACCCGCUGCCGCCUACAUUAUUGAUGCUGCUGCCUUAAGAGGGAGACUCGGGAUAGACUGAGCCCAUAACCUCGCCGGAGCUGACUGUGUCCAGCAGCGGAGACCUCGGGGCAACCGUGGACAGUCCGAUCAGAAGGCAAAAGGAGCAAGGCAUUAACUGGUAAGGCAAUUAUGGGCGGAAGCAAGGGCAAAGCGCCCCAGCGCCGGGCACGACCCGGGAGGCCAGCCUCAGCGGAGCAGGAGUCGGGGUCCGCCAGCGCUGACAGCGCCCCCAGCCGGGAUCGCAGGCUUGCCCGCGGCAAAGGCCACAAGACCAAGCCCGCUAAGGACCCUGACGCCACCAAAGGCAAGGGGACCACUGGAGGCUGCAGGAAGCCCACUGAAGAGGGGAACCACCGCUGCAGAGGUGCAGGGACUGGGGCAUCACUGGAGACCCGGGAGAGGCAGGGCAGCUCUCAGGGUCGGGGCCACAGGUCCACGGGGAGCCGUGAGCCCGGGGACAGUCAUGGGGAGCUCCCUGAGGAACAGAGACUCCCCGGGGAAGAAGAGUGGACGGUCAAGCGCGGCCGCCACAGAAGAAAGAAGCAGGGACCAUCGGCUCCGCGAGGCCACCGAGAGACUUCUGGCAGGGAUGGGGACACGUCGGGCGGGGAUGGUGGCAGCUCGUGCCUGGACAGUGAAUACCACGAGGCCCUGGACAGCAGCAGCCAGGGUGGUGGAGCCUCGGAGGGGCCAGUCAAGACCAAGACUUCUGACAGGAGCUCAGAAGGCGCCCUUACCAGAAGACCCGAGUCAACUGGCAGCAACCAUCAUGGCAAUGGUGGACACGCCUUGGAGCUCCAGAGCAGGGAAGGGCCGUCGGGGACAAGGACUCAGGGAGCGAGUGAUGAUUCCCGGACAGAUACAGACUCGAGUCCCGGGUGGUCCGGGCACAGACGUCGCCCACGGAAGACCCCAGGAACCUCAAGCCGCAUCCCUGAGUCCCAGGAGACAGAGCUGGCCAGGGAAGCUGCAGUCUCCAGCUCUCUCGAGAAUAGCUGCGCAAGCGCCCCCAGGGGCUCUCAGGGUCCUCAGGACUCCAAAGUGAUCGCAGGCACCAGUGACGUCGGGAAGCAGCCAAAGGCUGAGCUGCAAGGCACUGAGCCUGAGACAGCAGAGGCCCCCAGGGCCCAGCGCCUCCAGGUCGGAGAGGUGGCGGGGAAGGUACCGGUGGUUGUGAGCGAGAGUGACACGGGAGCCAGAGAGGGAGCAGGUGCGGGGGACCGACGACCCCGGGACCCGGCGCCGCUGGCUGCACUCGUGGUGCUCCGCAAGCUGCGCACGAGGGCCCCGGCUGGCACGUCUCCCCAGGUCGCGGGUGGCCUCCACGGGAGCCUCAAGGCGCGGCUGCAGCGUGUGGCGCGGGCCCUGGGCCUCCUGCGCUGGCUGCGACUGCGGGUGGAGCAACGUCGGGGCGAUGCGCCCAGGGCCCGCCCGCAGGAGCGUGAGGAGCGCGGCCGCGAGAGGGCGCUCGAGGCGCGGGGCGGGGCGCCCGGGCCACGGCGCUGGCGGGCCUUACGCCUGGCCUGUCGGGCGGUGCUCCGGGGACCGCCGCGGGCUCCCCCUGGCGGCAGUUCGAGCUCUCCGCAGGCGCUGAAUAGCUCAGGCUCAGACCGCGCAUCAGCCAUCGAGGAUGCAGCUCCAGAUCCAAAGUUCGCGGUGGUCUUCCCCCGGAUCCAUAGUGCGCAGAAGGAGUCGUGCAGCGGCCCCUCAGGAGCAUCCACGGACGCCCCCACUGGGGAAGGCCGCGUUUCGUCUCCUGCAGGGGCUGCAGAGUACAGGGAGGAGCAAGGGGCUAGUGAAGAAGGGGUGCUCAGGUCCCGCCAGGCUCCCUCCUUUUCCUCAUCUGCCCCCAGUGGAACUUCACCGGAAGAGAACCGGAACGAAGCAGAGCCAGAGACCCCAGAAGUUGAGACUCCAGUGCACUGGGCGCAGGGCUCUACUCCCUGCGUAGACCCUGGGCUUGGCGUUGAAACUCUGCUGCCUCAACUUACCUUGGAGACCCGCCUACGGCAGAAUAGCCCUUGCAGGUCCCCAAGGGAGCGGUGGGAACCAGAGGAUGACGCUGAGGCAGCGCUGGAAAGGGAUCUGGAGCUGAGCAUCCGGAAGGACCUAGAGAUGCCACCCUUCCCCGGUGCUAAGACCAGGAGUCUCCCAGAGGGCCUGGAAGACGUUGAGGACCUCGCCCGGCUGCGGCUGGUGUGUGACAGCUCUGUGCUGCUGUGCCUCAAGAAGAGGUUCCACCUGGGCCGCAUCUAUACUUUCGGGGGGCCCCUCCUGCUUGCUCUGAACCCCCACCAGGCACUCCCUCUCUUCUCACCUGAGGUCUUGGCCAGCUACCAUCCCAGGAAGGCCCCGAACACCACUCCACACGUCUUUGCCGUCGGGGCAGCAGCCUAUAGCCUGUCUCAGAGCUCUGGACAGGACCCCUGCAUCCUCCUAGGGGGGCACAGUGGCUCAGGGAAGACAGAGGCGGCCAGGAAGAUCGUGGAGCUUCUAAGCAGCCUGGGGCAGAAGCAGACAGAGGCCAGAGGGGCUCAGCUAAAGGACAUACUGCCCGUGCUCAACAGCUUUGGCCACGCCAAGACCAUCCUCAAUGCCAAUGCCAGCCGCUUUGGCCAGGAGCUAUGCCUCUGCCUGCAGCAGGGAGUCACUGUAGGAGCCUCUGUGUCCCACUAUCUGCUUGAGACCUCCAGAGUAGUGUUUCAGGUAAGGACCCGCCUCCUGCACCCUUCUCGGACUCCAGAAGUUGGAAGGAGGAGGAACCACAGCCCUCAAGCCCUGCUCACCCCUAAGCAAGUUUCUCUCUCCAAGGCCCAGGCUGAGCGAAGCUUCCAUGUUUUUUAUGAGCUGCUGGCAGGGUUGGACCCCAUGGAACGUGAGCAGCUCUCUCUGCAGGGACCUGAGGCCUACUACUACCUCAACCAGGGCAGAGCCUGCAGGCUCCGGGGCAAAGAGGAUGUCCAGGACUUCAAAGGGCUGGUGGAGGCCCUGCGGGUGCUGGGCUUGUGCGCAGAGGAGCUGACUGAAGUCUGGGCUGUGCUGGCCACCAUCCUGCAUCUGGGGAACAUCUGCUUCUCUUCUUCAGAGCGGGAGUCCCAAGAGGUGGCUGCUGUGUCCAGUUGGGCUGAGAUUCACUUGGCAGCCCGGCUGCUACAGGUGCCACCAGAGCGCCUAGAAGGGGCAGUCACCAAGAGGGUCAUGGACACGCCCUAUGGCCGCGUCUCCAGAUCUCUGCCGGUGGAAAGCGCUAUCGACGCCAGGGACGCCCUGGCCAAGACUCUGUACACAAGGCUCUUCAACUGGCUUCUGAAGCGGAUCAACGUGAGGCUGGCUCCACCAAGGGAGGCAGACAGUGUGGGCACCAUCACUGUCGUGGACGCCUAUGGCUUUGAGGCGCUGCGGGUGAACGGCUUAGAGCAGCUGUGCAGUAACCUGGCCAGCGAGCGCCUGCAGCUCUUCUGCAGCCAGAGGCUGCUGGCCCAGGAGGAGGAGGAGUGCCAGCGGGAGAUGCUGAGCUGGGCACCCAUUCCCCAGCCUCCGAGGGAGUCCUGCCUGGACCUCCUGGUGGGCCAGCCCCACAGCCUCUUGAGCAUCCUGGACUCCCAGACAUGGCUCUCCCAGGCCACAGACCACACUUUCCUCCAGAAGUGCCACUAUCACCACGGUGAUCAUCCGAGCUACGCCAAGCCUCAGCUGCCCCUGCCCAUAUUCACCGUGCGGCACUCUGCUGGGACUGUCACCUACCAGGUGCACAAGUUCAUAAGCAGGAACAGGGACCACCUGGACUCUGCCAUGGUGGAGAUGCUUGGACAGAGCCAGCUGCAGCUUGUGGGCAGCCUGUUCCAGGAAGCAGAGGCGCAGGCUGGGAGAGAGCAGAGCAAACCCACACUGGCCUCUCGAUUCCAGCAGGCCCUGGGGGACCUGCUAGCCCGGCUAGGCAGGAGCCAUGUCUAUGUCAUCCACUGUCUCAACCCCACCCCUGGAAAGCUCCCAGGCCUCUUUGAUGUGGGGCACGUGGCAGAGCAGCUGCGCCAGGCUGGUAUCCUGGAGGUCAUAGGCGCCCGAAGUGCCCACUUCCCUGUGCGAGUGCCCUUCCAGCUCUUCCUGGCCAGGUUCCAGGCCCUGGGGUCAGGGAGACAGGAAGCUCUCUCUGACCAGGAGAGGUGUGGUACCAUCCUCAGCCAAGUGCUGGGGGCGGAGUCACCAGUCUAUCAUCUUGGAGCCACCCAGGUCCUACUACAGGAGCAGGGCUGGCAGCAGUUAGAGCAGCUGUGGGCUCAGCGGCGCUCGCAGGCCCUGCUCACUCUGCACCGUGGCCUCCGAGCCUGCAUCACCCGCCAGCGCCUCCGCCUCCUGCCCCGGAUGCAGGCUCGUGUGCGUGGACUCCAGGCCAGGAAGCGAUACCUCCGGAGGAGGUCAGCUCUGGGACAGCUGAACACUAUCCUCCUCGUAGCUCGGCCCCUACUCCAGAGACGACAGAGGCUUCAACUUGGGCAUUCCCGUGGCCCAGACAGCAGGGAGGCCUGGGGAAAACUGUCAAGUAUGGACCUGGGGCGCUUGGAGAUCCCAGCCCAGCUGGCUGCCCUGCUGGAGACAGCUGAAGGCCACCAGGCUGCCCUGACUGGGAGCAUCACAGAGUCCCUGCCACCUGAGAUUCCUGUCCGGCCCAGCCUGACCCUCCCUCCGGACAUUGACCAGUUUCCAUUCUCCAGCUUCGUGUCCUCCAACUUUCAGAAGCCAUAUCUGCCUAGACCAGGGCAGCUGCUGGAUGAGCCCCUGACCCGGAUGGAUGGCGAGAAUCCUCAGCAGGCUCUGGAGAUCAACAGGGUGAUGCUGCGGCUCCUGGGGGAGGGAUUCCUGCAGUCCUGGCAGGAACAGAUCAUGGGCACGUUCCUGAUUCGGAAGGCACAGCACCGGCCGGGACUUCGGGACGAACUCUUCAGCCAGUUAGUGGCCCAGCUGUGGCACAACCCAGAUGAGCAGCAGAGCCAGCGUGGCUGGGCCCUGAUGGCGGUUUUGCUCAGCUCCUUCUCCCCUACGCCUGCCCUGCAGAAGCCAUUGCUCAAAUUUGUAUCUGACCAGGCCCCCCGGGGCAUGGCAGCAUUGUGCCAGCACAAGCUGUUGGGUGCCCUGGAGCAGACACCACUGGCUCCCAUGGCCUCAAGGGCCCACCCACCCACACAGCUUGAGUGGAAGGCUGGAUUGCGGCGGGGACGUAUGGCGCUGGAUGUUUUCACAUUCAAUGAAGAAAGCUGCUCUGCAGAGGUGGAGUCCUGGACCACGGGAGAGCAGUUUGCAGGGUGGAUCCUACAGAGCAGAGGCCUGGAGGUGCCCCCUCGUGGCUGGUCUGUGUCACUGCAUUCUGGGGAUGCUUGGCAGGAUUUGGCUGGCUGUGACUUUGUGUUGGACCUGAUUGGCCGGACUGAGGACUUGGGAGACCCAGCUGGUCCCCACAACUACCCCAUCACUCCUUUUGGUUUAGCUGAGAACAUCCCUCCAGCCCCUGGUGUUCAGGCACCCUCCCUGCCUCCAGGACUCCCUCCGGGACCAGCCCCAGUACUGCCCGGCAGCGGCCCCCCAGGUGAGGCCAGGAAGCCGGGAAACCUGGAUGGUUUCCUGGACCACCUCUUUGAGCCAGUCCUCUCCCCGGGCAUCAGUGAUCUGGAACAAGGCUGGGCCCUGAGUAGCCGCAUGAAGGGAGGGGGCUCCAUUGGGCCCACCCAGCAGGGCUACCCCAUGGUGUAUCCAGGCAUGGUGCAGGCACCCAGCUACCAGCCAGCUAUGAUUCCCGCACCUAUGCCCAUGAUGCCAGCAGUGGGCACAGUCCCAACCAUCCCGGCCAUGAUGGUCCCACCACAGCCACAGCCUCUGCUUCCCAGUUUGGACUCAAGGCAGCUAGCCUUACAGCAGCAGAACUUCAUCAACCAGCAGGCGAUAAUCCUGGCCCAGCAGAUGACCACCCAGGCCAUGAGCCUGUCUCUGGAGCAGCAGAACCAGAGGCGUCAGCACCAAGCUCAGGCCUCUGGGCCUACCACCCAGGCUCCACCCUCAGCCAUGACUCCUAAGCCCAAGAAGCUGCCUACCCCCCAAGAGAAGCCAGAGAGUGACCUAGAACCUUCAGAUGUUUGCUUUAGAGAGGACACUCCAGAGGAGGCUGAAGUUGGGCCCCAGCGCCCCAGGAGCUUCCAACAGAAACGGGACUAUUUCCAGAAGAUGGGGCAAGAGCCCAUCAAGAUGAAGACAGUGAAGCCUCCGGCCAAGGUUCAGAUCCCCCAGGAGGAGACAGAGGAGGAUGAGGAGGAAGCAAGGGCAGAGUUGCCCCCUCCACGUCCUCCCCCAGUUGUGAAGAAGCCAUUGAAACAAAGUAGGACCAAAGCCGUGAAGGAGGGUGAGGUGGAACCAGAAGAGGAUGAAGGGCCGGCCCAGGGCAGGGAGCCCACAGCGCAGAGCUCCACCUCCACACCUCAGCGCCCACAACCCAGCAGGGCACCCACAGUGCAGAGCUCCACCUCCACACCUCAGCGCCCACAACCCAGCAGGGAGAUCCGUAACAUCAUCCGAAUGUACCAGAGCCGUCCGGGCCCUGUGCCUGUGCCUGUACAACCCACCAGGCCUGUCAAAACUUUUCAGAAGAAAAAUGACCCUAAGGAUGAGGCUUUGGCCAAGUUAGGAAUAAAUGGUGCCCACUGGCCUCCAUCGACGGUAUCUCCUAACCUAGAGAAGAGCUCUCUCCCAGAUGUGGCUCCCAAACCCAAGGCUCGACCACGGCUUGAGCCCUCCUUAUCCAUCCAGGAAAAGCAGGGACCCCUUCGGGACUUGUUUGGCCCAUGUAGCCCAAGCCCGCCCACAACUCCGGCACCCCCACCUCCACCUCCACCAGCUCUUCCAUUGCCUCUGCCUGAGGAACCCAAGACCCUUCCAGUGGAGUCUCGUGCCUUGACAGAGCCCAUGAAGGACCAGGGCAUCUCCACUCAGCUUCUUGUGCCCUCUGGUAGCGUGUGCUUCUCCUACACCAAUGCAUCCUGGAAGUUGUUCCUACGAAAGGAGGUGUUCUACCCCCGCGAGAACUUCAGCCACCCCUAUUGUCUCAGCCUCCUCUGCCAGCAGAUCCUGCGGGACACCUUUGCAGAGUCCUGCAUCAGGAUCUCCCAGGAGGAGCGGCACAAGAUGAAAGACCUGCUGGGAGACUUGGAGGUGGGCCUGGACUCCCUUGAGACUGCUGAAGACAGCAUCAGAAAGCGCAUCGUGGUAGCUGCUCGAGACAACUGGGCCAAUUACUUCUCGCGCAUCUUCCCAGUCUCGGGUGAGAGUGGUAGUGAUGUGCAGCUGCUGGGUGUGUCUCACCGGGGACUGAGACUGCUGAAGGUGACCCAAGACCCCAGCUUCCACCUGGACCGGCUGAAGACACUUUGCUCCUAUAGCUUUGCUGAGGUGCUGGGUGUGGAGUGCAGGAGCAGCUCCAUCCUGGAGCUGUCACUCAAGAAUGAACAGCUGAUACUGCACACAGCCCAAGCGAGGGCCAUCAAGGCCAUGGUGGAGCAGUUCCUGAGUGAGCUCAAGAAGGCAAGUGUGGGCGAUCUUGCCCUGCCUGGCUUCCCUGGGUUGAGGCUGCAGAUCUGUCAAGGUUCCUGGUACUCCUGGGUACUGGGUGGGGGGACAUCCAGGGCAGACAGUAGACCACCCACCUGCCUGCAGGACUCUGGCUAUGUCAUUGCCCUGCGCAGCUACAUCACUGACGACCACAGUCUCCUCAGCUUCCACCGUGGGGACCUCAUUAAGCUACAGCCAUCGGUCACUCUGGAGCCAGGCUGGCAGUUUGGCUCUGCUGGGGGCCGCUCGGGACUCUUUCCUGCUGACAUGGUGCAGCCAGCUGCCGCUCCGGACUUCUCCUUUUCCCUGGGACACAGAAACAGCUGGCAGCGCAAGAGUAAGCCACAGCAUCUCAAGGAGCCGGCUCAGGAGCGCCCCACCCAUCCCAGGAGCCAAGAACCCAGUGAAGGCUCAGAGGCCACCUCCUUCACAGCCUACAGCUCUUUGUCUGCUGACUCCCACAACUACACCAUGCAGGAAUUUGCCCUGCGCUACUUCCGGAAGCCUCAUACCUUGCUGACCCAGGCAAGUGGAGGUGCCAAGGAGAAGGUUGCAGCCAGCCUGACUCAGUACACCAAGGAUCCCAUCCAGGAAUCCCUCAUCUGCCUCAGCGAUGAGGACACAAACAGGAAGGCUGUGGCUGGCUUUAAGGCUCUGAUGCAGUUUAUGGGGGACCAGCCUAAGCCCCGGGGCACGGAUGAGCUGGCUCUGCUCUAUGAGCUACUGAAGCUGUGCCAAGAAGACCUCAGGGAUGAGAUGUAUUGCCAGGUCAUCAAGCAAGUCACAAAACAUCCUCAUCCAAAGCACUGUACUCUGGGCUGGAGCAUCCUCAGCCUCUUCACAGGCUUCUUCUCACCGUCCACCACUCUGAUGCCCUAUGUGACCAAGUUCCUGCAGGAUUCCAGCCCUAGUCAAGAGCUGGCCCGGAGCAGCCAGGAGAACCUCCAGCGCACAGUUAAAUAUGGGGGGCGCCAGAAGCUGCCACCACUGGGGGAAAUGCAAGCUUUUCUGAAAGGACAAGCAGUUCGUCUGCUUCUAAUUCAUCUGCCUGGGGGUGUGGACUACAGGACACAUAUCCAGACAUUCACGGUGGCAGGAGAAGUGCUGGAGGAGCUGUGUGGACAGAUGGGCAUCACAGAAUCGCAGGAAGUGCAGGAAUUUGCCCUUUUCCUCAUCAAAGGGGAAGGUGAGCUAGUUCGGCCACUGUCGUCCCAUGAGUACCUCAACAGUGUGGUGACCGACCAGGACAUGAGCCUGCACAGCCGGCGGCUUGGCUGGGAGACCCCACUGCACUUCGACCACCCCACCUACACUGAAACCCACUAUGGCCAGGUGCUUCGGGACUACCUGCAAGGGAAGCUGAUGGCCAGUGCCCAGGCAGAUGCUCAGCUUGCCCGGCUGGCGGCCCUCCAACACCUCAGGAAAGCCAGCAAAGGUCCCCCAUCAGAGCAAGAGCUGCUGGCGUACAUUCCCAAGCCACUGCAAUGGCAGGUGAACAGAGCCAACAUAAAGAGCUUGGUGGACCAGGAGCUGAGACAGCUGCAAGGAUACAGCCCACAGAGAGCACAGAUUGACUUUAUUGAGACCACGGCCCAGCUGCCCCUCUUUGGCUACACUGUGUAUGUGGUGCUGAGAGUGAGUAAGCUGGUUCUUCCUGGGCCUGUCCUCCUGGGGCUCAACCGCCAACACCUUGUCCUCAUGGAGCCCAGCUCCCAGAAACUCUGCUGCUGCAUCCCCCUAAAAGACCUGCAGCGGCUCCACCUGCUCAGCCCACUGGAGGACAACGGGCCCCCUGGCCUGGAACUCAAUUAUGGCUCUGCUGACAACCCCCAGACUAUCUGGUUGGAGCUGCCGCAAGCCCAGGAGCUGCAGCACACUAUUGUCUUCCUGCUGGAGGGCAGCAUGUCCCCCAUGCAGUGGCCAGGCCUCAGCUGA